GUCGUGUUUCAAGAUGGCGGCUGGAUUUUGAAAACAUACUCAAAUAUAUAAAAGUUUUUAACGUUUUAAGAAGUUAGGAAAACGUCGAGCGUCGUUUUAAUACAGCAGAAUUAAAGUUGAAUUAUUUUUCUAUUGGAUUCUGCUAUGUAACUUCCGCGAAAGGUCGUUUAAUGUGUAUAAAACACCGAGAAUUCAAGCCUGUCAACAAUAAGUCAAUAACUAUAAAUAAUUGUUUUUGUUGUUUAUAAAAUUAAUUAAUUUAAAAAAUCGAUAACUAUGUGAUCAACGUCCAUCCCAUACGACAAAGGUAGAAAGGGUAAGUUACUUAGUGUAUUUUGUAUAAAAUUGUAUAAAAUUUUGUAUUAAAAUGUUUAGUGUAUAAAAUUUGAGGAAUACUUAUUUUAUAUUUUUAUGUAUUAUAAUGUGCUGUAUUUUAUUCCAGGUGACUAUAUGUCCGGCAGCCGGACAAUGUUUUGAAAAAACUAAAUGUCCAGCAGUGAGCAGUAUAGUGACUAUAGUUAAAGGUGCUGUGACUGCUGUCUUAAGUCCGUAAUGUAAACAAACGCUUUGUGUACAUUUUGAACUGCUAUAUUUGUAAAAUAUGAUAUACGAACUGAAUAUAUAACACUGUUCUGGUUUAGUAUGCUCGUAAAUGAAUAUAAACCAGAGUUUCAAUUCAGAAAAAGUUCAAAAGAUGCGAAAUUUGGGCAAUGUUUACAUCUGUGGGUCCCCCUUUGUUCUGAGCAGAACGGAUGCGCAGAACGGAUCUUUAAAGUUGAAUUUUUAUAGGAUAAACCGACUUACUGACCCCAAACCAUCUCUAACCCCUAACCUUUUGAGAGUUUAUAGAAAAGCCGGAAAAAAAAAGUUAAAAAAAUUUUAAUAAAAAAAACAAUACUAAGUCAGACAAAACACAUCCCGAAUACGCUAACGGCAAGCUCAGUAAAAGCGCAAAGAAAAGUUUUUAUAUUGAACUAUAGUCACUAUACUGCUGGACAUUUAGUUUUUUCAAAACAUUGUCCGGCUGCCGGACAUAUAGUCACUUCAUAUUUUAUUCAUAGUAUCAACUAUCAAGAUUUAUUAUGGCUGGUUUGGGUGAGUCCGAAAUAGAGUCUUUCCCAUCAUUUGGGCAACUUCAGGGAGAACAAUUUAUCCAAAGUAAGCAAGAGAACAAGCAUGCCAAGGAAAAGAUCAGACCAAGGUUUGUCAACUAACUGUACUAUAUAAGGGCCUUCAGACAGUAGCGAUUGGUGAUAUUCACAAUCACCAUUAUUUAGAUUGUCUAUAUUCUCUGUGGAAAGACAGUACCCCAAAAAUGGCAGAUAUUGACCCGCGGCCGCAUGUGAAAGGCUAAUAACCCUUAGAAGUUCUUAUGUCAUGCAAUAUGCAAGAUAAUGCAUAAUACAAGAUGCAUAGACGGAUUUUGUGGGGGGUGCAGGGGGGUGCUACCCCCCAAUAUUAGCUAUAACCCCCCCAAACAAAAUGUCCACCCCUCCAAAAAAAAUUUUCAACUCCCCCCAAUAUUCGGCAUAAUAAAAAAAUAAUUAAAUAGUCCACUCCAACAUGCAGAGUGUUGAUGAUACAAAAUAAACGUAGGAGUACACUCAAAUAGAAAAAGACAGUGCAAUACUCUGAAACUAAUCGCUCCUCGCUUGCAUUCACUGGUUUAUUGGAGCAAUUGUAAAGUUUUGAAACUCUACAUACACUACUACUCCUGAAUAGAGUUUGCAGUGCCUUGUCAUGCAAAUAGCUUGUUUGCAAGGAACGUUUGGAAUUUUUACAAACAUUAUUUUUAGUUUUUAAUUCUUUUAGGAAAUAGACUUGCCUAGAUUUUACACCCCAAAUAUUAUUUACAUCGGAAUUGCAUCAUAAAUUGUACUCGGAUUCAAACGGCACAAUGUCAAUGACUUUAUAAAAGUAAAAGCAUAUUGUGUAUUGGCCUAUUGGCCGAGUUUACACUUUUACAGGUUCAUUUAACUUUAACUCGCUCAAGUCUCAACAGACAAUCGGACAUGCCAAAUCCAUUGAUAUGACAACUUCAAAAAACUUUUUUUCGAAGCUAGAAAUCAUGAUUUUUUCAAAAUUUUCCAGGGAUACUUUGUUUUCUGCUCUCUAGAUUCCCCCUCGCGGCUCUAGUGCUCCACCCCUGGAAUAUAGACCUUACUGGGGUUUGGUGACACUUUGUGUUGCUUCAGUCACCUGCUCACGGCUCACCCCCCUAAAAUUUCUGGCACCACCCCAGUAAUAAAUAUGAAAAUCCGUCUAUGACAAGAUGACUGAAAAAUGGCAAACUUCACAGGGCUAUAUUAUCUGCAUUUUACAACAUUUUGCAACGAAACUUCGGAAUAUUACUAAUUUUGUGAUACUCUUUCAAGCUGUGAUGAAAUUUUUGUCUAGACUUGUCUAGAUCAAAAUUUUGUUUAUUAGGUAAAUAGGUCCAUUUUCAAUCCAUCAAAACUUUAGGUAUAUGGAUUGCAUGUUUUGCAAUGUGGGAACAUGUGGGUCAAAUAUUCAUUGUCUGACAGUGACAUGAUGUAAGGACUUCUAAGGUCAAUUCUUUUGUCUGAAAUAUUUUUUCUUGAUGAGUGGGGUGGUUUUGAAAUAUAAAGUGACUUAUGUCUUUUUCCACAUCAGGUCCUCAAUUAUUCGACAUGGUGAAUCAAAGCGAAAGAAAUCCAUGGUGAAGUUUGCUGUUCAAAACAUUUUCUGGGGUCUACCACUCGACGAAAAAUCUAUUGCAGGUGAUUAUAUUCUCACAUUGCAAUGGGUACAAGUUGAGGGUUAAAUUACAUCAGCCACAAGACUAGUGAAAUAUGAUUGGCUAAUCAGAUUAAAUGACUAUUCAUCCUUAUAUGAAAAUAAUGAUAGUUUAGCUUGGAGUGUCAAGUUUAAAAAUUGAGUCUUUUUGUUAAAUUUUUAUUUUAGCAAAAUUCCACCUAAGCUACAAGUUGGUUAAAACAGAAUGCAAAAUUGUAAGAAAUAUCUUACAUCAACAUUGCUUUCAAGAGGUACAUUAA